GUUUUGAUGAAGGAUCAGUUCAUGAAUUAUCUUCAUCCUUAUCCAACAAUCACGCAUUUUCAACCGGUAACAGAUCUUAAGGAACUGUUUGCUCGCUAAUAACUGUCAGACAAUGAUAGUCAUGGCCAUUGGAUUUCGAACAAUUUGAGGUUUAAUCAGAGCGGCUCAUAUAUUUCUAAAGGUUUUCGGCAACUCUGCAUGCUUCCCUAGUUCUCAUUAGUACCUGGCUAGACGUGAUUCGCUACAGGGUCAAUGGGGAUACUUGAUAAAAUCGCCGAUAUUGAGAAUGAAAUCGCAAGAACGCAGAAAAAUAAAGCGACGGAGUAUCAUCUCGGUUUACUGAAAGCUAAGCUCGCCAAGUACCGUUCUCAACUACUGGAGACACAAAACAAAGCUACCAAGGGUGAAGGAUUUGAUGUUAUGAAAUCAGGCGAUGCUCGGGUAUCACUAAUUGGCUUUCCGUCCGUCGGGAAGUCCACUCUCCUAAAUUCUUUGACUUCUACACACAGUGAAUGUGCAUCAUAUGAGUUCACAACUUUGACAUGCAUACCGGGUGUUAUUGAGUAUAAAGGCGCUAACAUCCAGUUAUUGGAUCUUCCAGGGAUAAUAGAAGGGGCGUCACAAGGAAAAGGGCGGGGGCGCCAGGUGAUUGCUGUUGCCCGAACGGCUGACCUCGUACUUAUGAUGCUUGAUGCCACCAAGCCGGAUGUCCACCGAAAGUUACUUGAAAACGAACUAGAAGCUGUGGGUAUUCGAUUGAAUAAAAACAAACCAAAUAUUUAUUUCAAGCAAAAGAAGACAGGUGGAUUAAAAAUCACAUCAAUGGUUCCCUUAACAAAGAUAAACGAGAAAAUGACUCAAAUGAUACUACAGGAAUAUAAAAUAUUUAAUGCAGAAGUCAUCUUUCGAGAAGAUUCUACACCGGAUGAAUUUAUUGAUGUAGUAGUUGGCGGUCGAGUAUAUCUGGCUUGUCUUUACGUGUAUAAUAAAAUUGACCAAAUAUCACUUCAAGAAGUUGACAGAUUAGCAAGACAGCCUCAUUCAGUUGUUGUUAGUUGCAAUCUAAAACUGAAUUUGGAUUACCUGCUAGAAAAACUUUGGGACUAUUUAAAUUUAAUUCAAGUAUUCACUAAAAAACGUGGACAAAAACCAGAUCUUGAUGAAGGAAUUAUUUUACGAAACGGUUCAACAGUUGAACACAUUUGCCAUUCAAUUCACAGAUCUUUAGCAUCACAGUGUAAAUGUGCUCUUGUGUGGGGAACAAGUGUUAAAUUCAGUCCACAACAUGUUGGAUUGAAUCACGUCUUACAUCAUCACGAUGUUGUGCAAAUUGUAAAGAAAUAAUGAUUCAGUGGAUUAAUAUUUCAGUAUGUUAUUGCAAAUUGAAUUCUCCAUGUCUUUCUUUAUUGAUGAAUAUAUUGAAUUUUUGGAUGC